AUGGGCAAGGUAAGUACUAUUAUCUUUUACGAGGACAAGAACUUCCAGGGUCGGAGCUAUGAGUGCAGCAAUGACUGCACGGACCUUCACUCGUACUUCAGCCGGUGUAACUCCAUCAGGGUGGAGAGUGGCUGCUUCAUGAUCUAUGAGCGACCCAACUUCAUGGGCCACCAGUACUUCAUGAGGAGGGGAGAAUAUCCUGACUACCAGAGGUGGAUGGGCUUCAGUAGCUGUAUCCGCUCGUGCCGGAUGAUUCCAGUGGUAAGUGGGUUCAUAUUUUACCGAGGUUCCUAUAGAUUGCGUAUCUAUGAGAAGCCCGACUUCAGCGGUCACAUGAUGGAGUUCAUGGAUGAUUGCCCCUGUGUGUCUGACCGUUUCCAUCACCGCCAUGUCUACUCCUGUAAUGUUAUGAAUGGCUACUGGAUCUUCUAUGAGUACCCCAACUACCGAGGCAGACAGUACUUCCUGAGACCUGGGGAGUACAGGAGGUACCGCGAUUGGUGUGCCACCUGCGCCAUUGUCGGUUCCUUCAGGAGGGUCACCGAAUUUUAGCCAUCAAGCGAAACCUUGCUGUAAAUAUCAAACACUUUGUUUAUUAAAGACGUUGAAUUUUUAA